AUGGAUGACGACGACUUCUCGGACGAAGGCAGCGACGACGAUGACGAAGAGGGCAGUGUGCCCGCACCAAGAGGGAAAUCAUCCUCAUCCUCCAAAGGAAAGGCCAAAAAGAGGGACAAGGGCAAGAGCAGCAGCAGCAGCAGCAGCAGCAGCAGCAAGAAGAAGAAAAAGAAGAAGAAAAAGAGGAGGAGCGGGAGCAGGGGGGGCGACGAAGAUGGGGGCAGCAGUUCUAGCAAGAGGAAGAGGGGGGGCGGGGGGGCGGCUUCGAGCUUGUUCGAUGAUGAGGCGGAGGAGAGCGAUGGUGGCGGCGGGGGCGGCAGCGAUGACGACGACGAGGAGGAGGAGGACAACGAGUACCGGCUUGACGGUUUCGUCGUGGGAGAUGAAGACGUCGAUUCGGAUUCCGGCAAGAGGCGGCGGAACAAGAGCAGUGCCAGUUCCAAGAGAAAACGCCUCCGUAAGGCUAGGGAGGAACACGGCAUGGAAGCCGCGGACGACGAGGAUCUCGAGCUUAUCCGGGAGGCGCAGGGAGUCAUUCCAAGCCAUAAUCGAGAGUCGGACAGAAACGAGCUGGUAGCGUCGGAUGGCCAGGACUUGCGAAACCAGCUCUUUGACGGCGAAGAAGAGGAAGAGGCCCGUCGGCAAGAGCAGCGGCAGCAGCAGUACCACCAGAGGCAGCGUCAGAGGCAGGAGCGAGACGAGUUCGACAGCGAGGACGACGGGGACUUUAUCGUGGACGAUCUGGGCACCGAGCGAAGGCAGGGGCGGAGGCAGCAGCAAGAGAGCUUCCAAGGGGGUCCGUUGGGCGCCAGCCAGGAUCAGGUGUACGAGGCCAUGGAGAUCUUUGGAGAGGGCAUCCAAGACUUCGAUCUCUUCAAGGACGUCGAUGGCGAAGACGAGGCCGAUGGGAAGCAGCGUGCUAGCAAGGACGCCCGUAGGCAGGCUCUCGCCGGCAUCGAGCCGUCCCUCCUGAAGGAGAAGUUCUUGACGGACAGGGACAAGAUGAUCCAGGAGACGGACCGGCCGGAGAGGCUGCAGCUCAGGAUGCCGUCCAGAGGAGAGGCUAGCGAUGCUGAGCGGCAAGACGAGGCCCAGUGGAUCUUCCACCAGCUCGACCUCGGCUUCGGAGUGGACGAACAAAUGGCUAAGAGUGCGAUCGAACACGUCCUGAGGUUCUUAGGGGUGGAGAGCCAGGAGGUGCCUUUCGUGUGGCACUAUCGCCGGGACUACCUCUGGACAUCGCCACAGAUGAACACGUACCUCACGCUCGACCACCUGUGGAAGAUUUACGACCUCGACGAGACUUGGGACAAGGUGGGGAACCGUCGAGACAAGGUGGCUAAGGCUAGCAGGACCUUGUGGAAGCUUGUGGAUGGUGACGAGGAUUCGGACGACGAAAAUAAUUCGGGGUACGCGAGUGAGACGGUCGACGCUCGCGACGAGAGGCUAGCCGAGGAGGAGACAUCGAAGGAGAACAGGGAAUCCAGGAUGAGGAGAUCCCAGCUAGCGCUCGAAAAGGCCGAGGCUGCGCUCACCCAAGCCGAAGACGAGUCGGCGCAAGGAGUGGAGAGGGUCAACAACACCCGGCUCUCCGCUGCACAGGCUGCCAAAAAGGCGGGUGCGGAGGAGAGGAAGGGGGACGAUGGGGAAGAGGAGGAAGAGGAGGAGGUUGGCGAGGGAGACUGGGAGCGUGCGACGGAGGAGAGCUUGGCGAAAGCGCUGGAGGAUGCGAAGGAUGCGGUUAACCACGCUAGGUCUCACGUCAUAGGGCUCAAGGGCGAGCAUGCGGUGGAAGAGAGCGAGGAGCAGGAGCGGAAUGCGGCACGAGAAGCGAGGAGGCAGGAGAGGAAGGACGCGGCGGCUAAGGAGCGCCAGGCGAGGCGGGACGAGGCCCGCAGUGCCAUGGAAGAGGAAGCCUCCUUGUUCCCGUCGGACCAGUACUCGUACAUGAUCAACAGCCAGGAGGAGGUGGAGCUGAAGGACAUGCAAGACUACCUCGCUCUCGUCAGCCUCAUGGGAGAGACGGACGAGAAGCUUCGCAACGCCACCGGAAACGGCAACGGCGACAGGCGGCGUCCUAGGAGGGCGGGGCGAGCGGACGACAACCUCUACCGCGCCGCCAGGCAGGCGGGCCUUAGGGGACUCGCCAACAAGUUUUCCAUCACGGCCGCGCAGCUUGGGGAGGUGGUCACGGGGAUUUCCCAGCGGUACUUCCCGGUGCCUACCCCACCCGAAGCCGUGGAGCUGGUGGCGUCUGACAUGAAGGGGGCGGAGGAUACGCCCCUGUUUUCGUCGAGCGAGUCUAUCCUUCAGGGCGUGCGGCACAUUUUGGCGAGAGAGAUCGCUUUGGAGCCUAGGGUAAAGGCCAAGUGCCGUGCGACGUACCGGCGGUACGCGCUGGUGUCGACGACCCCAACCGCCAAGGGCAAGGAGGAGAUCGACGCCUUCCACCCCCUCUACGGCCUGCACUACCUGGACAGGAAGGCCAUUUCCGAGUUCUUGUCUACGCACGGGUCGGACCGCACUCAGUGGCUGCAGAUCGAAAAGGGAAAGGCGGAGGGUCUGCUAACGUACGUGAUACACCCUCCCGACAACAAGGUUCAGUCCUUGGACGAGAACGGAGAGAUGAUGACAACCUUCGAGCUAAACAAGAAAGCCUUUCUCGACCUUCUCAAGCCUACCUACAAUCCAGAGGGAGGGGUAUCGAGCGCGGUGAAACAGGGCUGGGAUCACCAGAGAAACCUCGUCCUACACGAGGCCCUAGUGGAACACCUCAUCCCGGCCCUGGAGACAGAGGUGGUGUUCGAGCUUAAGGCGGCGUCGAGGGCUGCGGUCGUGGAGGAAGCGUCUACUUGCCUGGCCUCGAGGCUGAUGGUGGGACCGUAUGAGAGAGACGACCUCAACGUCUUCCAGAAGGUCACCAAGGCGGACAGCUCUCUCAAGAAUGACCAGGUGCGAGUGGUGGGCAUCUUCGUGAGCAGCGACAGCCGGGAAGAAAGCUGGGCCGCGGCCAUCGACCCCUCCGGGUCCGUGCUAGACCAUCUGCAGAUCCCCCGCAGCCGAGACCUAAGGGCCAAGAAGCUCAAGGCGUUCAUCAAGUCGAACCGACCGCACGUGGUGUGUGUGAGCACCUCGGCGGGACAGGCUAGCCGGUACAUGAUGGACACGCUUGUCGACAGGAGGUCUGGGCAGAACGGAGAGCCCAAGACGGGAGUGUUGGCGGAUGCCCACCGCGAGUACCAGCGAGAGAGGGGCGAUUAUGACGACCAGGAUGAGGAGGAAGAAGUCUGGAAGCAGUGCUCGCUAGCCCCUGUGAAGGACGACGUGGCUUGCGUGUUCGCGAGAUCCACCAGGGGAGAGAAGGAGUUCGCCGACUUUUCUGUGAACCAGAGGGCCGCCGUGGCGCUGGCGAGGUACCUGCAGGACCCCCUCGUCGAGUUCGCAGGCAUGUGGACCACCAUGGACAGCUCGGGAAACUUCGGGCACGAGAUGUUCUCUCUCAGACUUCACGCCCUACAGGACCAGGUACCUCCGCAGCAGCUGCUCAAGGUCUGGACGCACCGCAUGAUGGACGCCGUCAGCGCUGUCGGCGUCGACAUUAACCACGCGGCGGAACACGAGCACGCCGUGGGGGUCCUGCAGUUCGUACCAGGGCUGGGCCCCCGCAAGGCCUUCAAGCUCAGGGAGAGGCUGGGUACGGUGCUGGGGGGUGUGGUGCCUUCCAGAAAGGCGCUGCUCAGCUCGCAGGUGCUCAAGUCGCUCGUCUACACGAACGCAGCCGGGUUCCUGCGCAUCCGCGAGCGGGGGAAGCUUGCGGAACAACUGGAGGGGCAGUUGGACCCUUUCGAUGACACAAGGGUGCACCCUGAGUGCUACAACACGCAGGACUGGGCGCAAAGAAUCUGCGCCAACGCUCUUGAUGUGCAGGUGGAGGACGACUACUUCCCGAUCGUGGAGAGUGCGAUGGAUGACUCUAGGGAGGCGCUUCAGCGGCUGUGUCAACAGGGGGAGUCUGGGGUCGAUCCAAGGAUGCCGCCGAACAACCUCAACGAUUCGGUGAACCAGCUGGACCUGACGGCCUACGCCGAUGAGCUUCAGAGGCAGGGGGAGGGCAAGCGAGCGCAGCAGCUCGACAGCAUCGUGGAGGAGAUCCGCUAUCCUUACAGGGACCGUCGAAUGCCUUACUCUACCCCCGGCGAGGAUGAGCUGUUCGAGUGGCUAACCGGAGAAACGGACGCCACGCUUCGAGAGGGAGUGCUGGUUCCCGUGCGAAUCAUGAGGCACAAUGAUGCCGGAGUUAGAGUCCGACUGGAAGGCGGUCCGGGACUGUUCGGUUUCGUUCCUGGCGACUAUGUCACGGACGACGUGCUUCCCCCGGACCCCAUCACCGGCCAGAAAGCUGACCUGAAGGGAGUCGUGAAGGAGAACCAGCUGAUGGAGGCGGCCAUUAUCAAGGUCGACAAGGGUCGUUUCGAGCUCAAGCUGUCCCUGAGAAAGAGCGACACAAUGCCCGACCCUGACAAGUGGGACGCCCCCCUCGGCGCUACUCGAGUCUUUGGUGCUUCGGGCUGGAACCGGCCAGCCUCUCUCCCGAGGCUGGACGAGAAGUUUAAUUAA